UUGAAAAGAUGAUAUGAAGAAGCUCAAAAGUAACUCUAAAUCAUGGAAGGAAUGAAAUUUCCAAAGCGAUAUGUGAUUGUCGUCUUGACAUUUUUAUGCACAAAUGUUUUCUACAUCGAGCGAAUGGGCUUUUCAGUUGCGUACACCGCUGCUGCCAAUUCCAUUGGUAUAAAUCAAUCUAGCAAAGGUCUGAUACUCUCAACAUUCUACUAUGGGUAUGUUCUUUCACAAAUCCCUGGUGGAUGGGCUGCACAACGUUUCGGAGGCAGGCGCAUCUUGCUUUUGUCAUUUCUCACUUGGUCCUCCAUAUGUGCCUUAGUUCCAUUGAACCCAAACAAAGUCGUCGUAUUGGUGAUCUCCCGUCUUCUUGUCGGGGCGGCUCAAGGCUUCAUUUUUCCUUCUAUCCACACAAUUCUGGCACAAUGGAUCCCACCCCAUGAGCGUUCCCGAUCCGUUUCUCUUACCACUUCUGGCAUGUAUCUUGGUGCAGCCGCAGCCAUGCUUUUGCUUCCAGGUUUGAUUAAACUUCAAGGUCCUCAGUCCAUAUUUUAUGUUGAAGCGGCAUUGGGCUUCACUUGGUGCAUCCUUUGGUUAAAGUUUGCAAGUGACCCAUCUAAUUCCUACCACCCCAAGGCAACAGCAUUACCAAUUAAAGAGAAGGGGAAUUUGCAGCAUCUAUCAAAAAUCCCAUGGACAAGGAUGAUGUGCAGCUUGCCAGUUUGGGCGAUUGUGGUGAACAACUUCACUUUUCACUAUGCAUUAUAUGUUUUGAUGAACUGGCUUCCAACUUACUUUGAGCUUGGACUUCAACUCAGUCUUCAGGAGAUGGGAUCAUCAAAGAUGCUACCUUAUCUGAACAUGUUCAUUUUUUCUAAUGUGGGUGGAGUAGUAGCUGAUCACCUCAUCACAAGGAGGAUCUUAUCCGUGACAAAAACCCGCAAGCUUCUCAAUACCGUCGGAUUCGUUGUUUCCGCAUUCGCUUUAUUUUGCCUACCUCUAUUUAAAACCUCUGCUGGGACUGUGCUUUGUUCUUCAGUUUCUUUGGGUUUCUUGGCAUUGGGGAGAGCUGGAUUUGCUGUGAACCAUUUGGAUAUAGCUCCAGGUUAUGCUGGGAUUGUGAUGGGAGUUUCAAAUACAGCUGGGACAUUAGCAGGUAUCAUUGGCGUUGGAAUCACUGGGAGGAUUCUGGAGAUUGCUAACAUUAAUGAUAGGCAUCUAUCUAGUCCAGAGAGCUGGAAGCCAGUAUUCUUUAUUCCAGGUUAUCUUUGCAUUUUUAGUUCUGUAAUUUUCUUAAUGUUCUCAAGAGGGGAAAGAAUAUUUGAUUGAAAAUGUAUCUUUAUAGAUAUUUAUUGCAGUCAUGCUAAAUAAAAUCAUUAUA